UGGAAUGCAAACAACUGAAGCGCUUAAACUACAGAUGGAGGUCAAAAAGCGACUUCAUGAGCAAUUGGAGGAACAAAUGUGCAGUUGGACAUUCAGUGUCGGCAAAGGAGAUUAUUGAGGUGAUGCCAUGUGAAAUUAACGAGGCUAUUUCUUAUGAAAUUUCUGCGGGUGAAGCGAAGCCAGAAGAUAACUCACCGGUAAGAGAGGUGGCCCUCACAGUAUCGACCAUGGAUGGUCCCUCUCUCAUUCUCUUUGAAAUACCAGAAUUGGUAGGUAUCUUCAGGCUUUUAUUAUUUGCAUUUUACGCUGACAUGGGUAGCUCGAGAGAUAUUGCAAUAGGGCCCGUGGCAGUCGUUUCACUUCUUCUAAGAGCUAUGCUACAAAAUGAGAUUGACCCGGUCAAGAAUGCACAUUAUUACCGUUGGUUGGCUUUCACGGCAGCUCUUUUUGCUGGCAUAACACAAGCGACCCUCGACAUUCUCCACAAAAAUAUUUGUCUUUCCGCGGAUUGGGACUUCUUGUCGCAUACGGGCAUAGUCGAGUUCAUGGGUAGGGCCACCAUAACAAUUGCUCUCCAACUGCAAAAAGGCUUUUUAGGCAUAAAAAAGUUUACCAAGAACUCAGAUAUUGUU